UGUGUGGAAGUAGGCAUUUCAAGUCCCAAGCCCCCACUGCAUCUCUGUCUGUCUAGCAGGCAGGUUGAAAAUGGCUAAACCCCAGGAGAGACCAGAGUGGGCAAACAAGGCCCAGUAUCUGCUGACCUGUAUUGGAUUUGCAGUAGGAGUGGGAAACGUGUGGCGCUUUCCGUACCUUUGUCAAAUCCAUGGAGGAGGUGCUUUCCUCAUCCCCUACCUGAUAGCCUUGGUAUUCGAGGGCCUUCCCCUGCUCUACCUGGAGCUGGCCAUCGGACAGAGGCUGCGCAUGGGCAGCAUCGGAGUCUGGAACUCCAUCUCCCCUUUCCUGGGUGGAGUCGGUAUUUCCUCUAUGCUGGUUUCUUUCCUGGUGUCUCUGUUCUACAACACCAUCGUGGCCUGGGUACUCUGGUACUUCUUCAACUCCUUCCAGGAUCCCCUGCCCUGGAGCCAAUGUCCCCUCAACCAGAACCUCACAGCCUACAACCAGGAGUGUGUGGACAGCACGCCGUCAAACUACUUCUGGUACCGCCAGACCCUGAACAUCACCCCGAACGUGGAGACCAGCGGCUCUCUGCAGUGGUGGAUGGUCAUCUGCCUGGCCACUGCUUGGUUUGUGGUCUACGUCUGCUUCAUCAGGGGCAUCGAGACCAUAGGGAAGGCCGUGUACGUAACGGUCACCCUGCCGUACGUGGUUCUGACCAUAUUCCUGGUGCGUGCCCUCACUCUGCCAGGGGCAGUCGACGGCCUGAAGUACCUCUUCACCCCAAAGUGGGAGAUCUUGAUGAAUCCCCAGGUGUGGCUGGAUGCCGCCACCCAGAUCUUCUUCUCACUCUCCGUGGCCUUUGGAGGUCUGAUCGUCUUCUCCAGCUACAACCCUUCAGAUAACGACUGUGAGAAGGACGCUGUAGUGGUUGGUCUGGUGAACAGCGCCACCUCCCUCUACGCCUCCGUCUCCGUGUUCUCCAUCCUGGGAUUCAAAGCCAAGAACAACUAUGUCAGCUGUCUACAAAGCAACAUCUUGGCUCUGACCGACCGCUUUGAGAUUGGAGACCAGAACAUGACCCUGGACAACUACGAACAGAUGCUUGGAUAUCUGAACAGCACACGGCCGGAGGAGGUGGCCCAGCUGAACCUGAGGCCCUGUGACCUCCAAACAUUCCUUGACCAGAGUGCGUCUGGUACCGGCCUGGCGUUCAUUGUCUUCACCGAGGCGGUGAUAGAGAUGCCGGGGUCCCAGGUCUGGGCCGUGCUGUUCUUCGUCAUGCUCUUUAGCCUGGGCCUCUCCACCAUGUUUGGAAACUUGGAAGGAGUUCUAAACCCCCUGAUGGAGCUAAACUUGGUCCCAAAGUGGAUGCCCAGGUGGCUUUUCACUGGCAUAGUUUGUUUGGUGGCGUUCCUGAUGUCUCUGAUCUUCACCCUGGGCUCCGGGAACUACUGGUUGGAGAUCUUCAACGGCUAUGUGGGCUCCGUUCCAUUUCUCAUCAUUUCCUUUUUCGAGAUCGUCGGCGUGGUGUACGUGUACGGACUUAAGCGCUUCAGUGAAGACAUCCACACCAUGACAGGCAGAAGGCCCAACAUCUUCUGGAGGGCCUGUUGGCUCGUCAUCAGCCCGCUGUACCUCCUGAUUGUGUUUGUGGCGUACGUUUCCGUGCAGGCAGAUAAACACCCCAACUAUCCCGCAUGGGACCCCAGCCACGUGGAUUUCCCCCGGACGAACGUGACGCCGUACCCGGACUGGGUGUUCGCCAUCAUCGUUCUCCUCUCUGGGUUGCCCGUGGCCCCCAUCCCACUGGUGGCGCUGUACACGCUGAUCUGCUGCGGGUUGAAAGGUCGAAGGAGUCUACCCUCAGAGCCUCAGCCCAGCCCCUGCGUCGCUGAUAACGACUGUGAGAGGGACGCUGUGGUGGUUGGUGCGGGUUGAGUCGGGGGAAGAUACCCUCGGAGCCUUGGCCCCGCCCGCGCGCAUCCGAGGACAGGGAUGAGGAUGGUGAAGAGGCUGUCCCUGAAAAGACAUUUGUGUGAAACUUCUGGAGCAUCCGUUGUGUGCGAUGUUACAUGCACAACUGCUCUUUACAAAUGGUAUUUCCGGAGUAGUAACCACUUUCCUAAGCCUCAUGUAAUGGCUAAUACAACGCUAAUGACAAACUUGAAUCCAAUGUUUUUACUAAUUAACUUUAUUAUUUGGCCUUGAAAGCUGUUUUUUAUCCCUAAACAUUUCCCGGAUGAAACUAGUGAAAUGUGAAGAAUGUCUGAUGUCAGCUACAGUGAAAUUGGUUUAUGUUUGACAAUCAUAUGCAGGUUUUUGUUUUUAUGUGACAGAAUAAAAAAAAACAUUGUAGAUUAUUGAUGGUUAAUUAUA